AGAAGUAUGUAACUGUAUGAUGGUCCACACUAUGCUUCAGCUAAUUAAUAGCCACUAGCCAUUUGUUGGUUAUCUUUUUGGUAACCUGUAAUUUUUAUUUUUCAGAGAUAAUGACAUUCCAUGAUUUUCAGCCAUAUCUAUGCAUUUGUGAGGAACAACACCUAUCAAGGUCUCUGCUUUGAAAGCUAGGCUAACUUUUUUUUUUUUCCCCUAAAAGGCCAAGAUUUGAUUAACCCGGGGGCUAAGGAGCUUGGUUUUCUGGCUGUGUAAGAGCAUAAUAGAGACUAGUCUAACACUUCAGACAUAAACCAAGUGAACAUCCACACUCUGAACUGAUCUGACAAAUUUCUAUAUGGAGAUAAGAUUUAGGUUGUUGGAGGGCUUUCUGGGAAGGGAGGAGUCAGUGGGAGUCUACCUGAGCAAAGUGUUUUAUUUUUAUUUAGAACUUUUCAUGCUACUGCUAAGUAGGAGGUAGGAACUUGUUGAAUUUUGAAGGAAGGUAAGAAUUCCAAGAGUUUGAGGUGAGCUUGGAAUUUAUUCUAAGUAUAGAGCACACAUCUAGAAGGGACUUCUUUGUGUACUUAUUCACACAAUUACCUCUGCUGAGCAAUGAGCAAAGGAGGGAAAGGAUGAACCUGAAACUGUUUUUUGGAGGGUCUUGGUAAAAUGUUUCGCAGGACUUGAUUAUUCCAUCCUAGUAAAAGGAUACUUGGUGUCCCCAACUUAAAGCCGUGGUGGGUGGGUGGAGCAGCAAAGAAACACGAGUGGGGAGGAUUUGAGACUGAGAGCAGACAUAGCUAUUCCAUAGUCUGGUCUUGAAGAAUAGAUAACAGGAGACAAGAUGGUCAGGGACAAGAAAGCUGGGAUAAGAAGGGAGAGGCAAGCACAGUCACGGUCGAAAUGGGGACCGAGGUACUUGCUUAUUUGGAAUGGGAGGCAGUGGAAGGGAAGGAAGAAUGCCCAACUUGCUGAUAGGGAGUUAGGCAUGUUGGUUAAAGAGCAGCUGCAGUGUGAGUAUGUACGCGUGUGCGCGUGUGCACACGCGCGUUUGGGAGCGUGUGGGUUAGUGUUUGUUGUCUUGGUGGGUGUUUGUGUGUGUGAUUGAAUGUAUGUGUGUGUGAUUGAGUGUGUGUGUGUGAUUGAAUGUGUGUGUGUAUGUGCGCGCGCGCGUAUGUAUGUGAUUGGGGGCGGGAGUAGGAGACGGCAGUGGCUCUCACUGAAUGGAAGGAAGAGGGGGCGGAGCUGUGUAGGUGCUGGGGAGGGGGCCGCCCAAUUAGGGCGCUUGGAGACCUGAGAACAGGGAGUCCGACUGUCCGGCUUUCAGCCAGCGGCUCGGUGCGUGGGAGGGGGAAGGCGCUCUAGCGCAUCAGUACACCCGACUGUCCGUGGGCCUCCUCCCCCAUCCACAGCCCCCGCGGUAGCCGCUGUCAACUGGAGGCCAGGCGGGGCCGAGGCGUGGCGCUGCUGGGAAGUGAAUCCCAGUCUCCUCCCCAGCGGCUGCAGCGAGCGCCGCCGACAUGACCGAUAACAUCCCUCUGCAGCCUGUCAGGCAGAAGAAACGAAUGGAUAGCAAGCACCGCACUGGGUGUUGUGAUUGCCUGAGAUGCUGUGGCCGAGGAGAUCCCCGGCCCAGAACAGUCUGGCUUGGUCACCCAGAAAAAAGGGACCAGAGGUAUCCUCGAAAUGUGAUCAAUAAUCAGAAGUACAGCCUGUUUACCUUUCUUCCAGGGGUGCUGUUUAAUCAGUUCAAAUACUUUUUCAAUCUUUACUUCUUACUUUUGGCCUGUUCUCAAUUUGUCUCUGAAAUGAGACUUGGAGCACUUUAUACAUACUGGGUUCCCUUGGGGUUUGUGCUGGCCGUCACCAUCAUCCGAGAAGCAGUGGAAGAGAUCCGAUGUUACAUGCGAGACAAGGAAGUGAAUUCCCAGAUCUAUAGCAAGCUCACAGUGAGAGGCACAGUAAAGGUGAAGAGUUCUGGCAUCCAAGUGGGAGACCUUAUCAUCGUUGAAAAGAACCAACGGGUCCCUGCUGACAUGAUCUUCCUGAGGACAUCAGAAAAAAAUGGUUCUUGCUUUUUGAGGACUGAUCAGUUAGAUGGGGAGACAGACUGGAAACUCCGCUUGCCUGUGGCUUGUACACAAAGAUUACCCACUGCUGCUGACCUUCUUCAAAUUCGAUCCUAUGUGUAUGCUGAAGAGCCCAAUAUUGACAUCCAUAACUUUGUGGGGACUUUUACAAGGGAAGACAGUGACCCUCCCAUCAAUGAGAGCUUAAGUAUAGAGAAUACACUCUGGGCUGGCACAGUCGUAGCAUCAGGCACAGUUGUGGGUGUGGUCCUUUAUACUGGUCGGGAACUAAGAAGUGUCAUGAAUACUUCCAAUCCAAGAAGUAAGAUUGGCCUUUUUGACCUAGAAGUAAACUGCCUCACGAAGAUAUUGUUUGGAGCUUUGGUUGUGGUGUCUCUCGUCAUGGUGGCAUUGCAACACUUUGCUGGCCGUUGGUAUCUGCAGAUCAUUAGAUUCCUUCUCUUGUUUUCCAACAUCAUUCCCAUCAGUUUACGUGUCAACUUAGACAUGGGAAAGAUUGUAUAUAGCUGGGUGAUUCGCCGGGAUUCCAAAAUUCCUGGCACUGUGGUUCGUUCCAGCACAAUUCCUGAACAGCUUGGGAGGAUCUCCUAUUUACUCACAGACAAAACAGGAACUCUUACUCAAAAUGAGAUGGUCUUUAAACGACUCCACCUUGGAACAGUUGCUUAUGGAUUAGAUUCAAUGGAUGAAGUACAAAGCCACAUAUUUAGCAUUUACACCCAGCAAUCUCAAGACCCACCCACUUUAAAGGGCCCUACACUCACCACCAAAGUCCGGAAAACCAUGAGUAGCCGUGUUCAUGAAGCUGUGAAAGCAAUUGCCCUCUGCCACAAUGUUACACCGGUCUAUGAAUCUAAUGGAGUGACUGAUCAAGCAGAAGCAGAGAAGCAUUAUGAGGACUCGUGCCGGGUAUACCAGGCAUCCAGCCCAGAUGAGGUGGCUCUAGUCCAGUGGACUGAAAGUGUUGGUUUAACCCUGGUGGGCAGAGAUCAAUCUUCUAUGCAGCUGAGGACGCCUGGUGGCCAGAUUCUGAACUUCACUAUUCUUCAAAUCUUCCCAUUCACUUAUGAAAGCAAACGGAUGGGCAUCAUAGUCAGGGAUGAGUCAACAGGAGAAAUCACAUUCUACAUGAAAGGAGCAGAUGUUGUCAUGGCUGGUAUUGUGCAGUAUAAUGACUGGCUGGAAGAAGAGUGCGGUAAUAUGGCCAGGGAAGGCUUGAGGGUGCUGGUGGUUGCGAAGAAGUCUCUGACAGAAGAGCAGUAUCAGGACUUUGAGGCACGCUAUGUCCAAGCAAAGCUCAGUGUUCAUGAUCGUUCUCUCAAAGUGGCUACUGUGAUUGAGAGCUUGGAAAUGGAGAUGGAGCUGCUGUGUCUAACUGGAGUGGAGGACCAGCUGCAGACAGAUGUGCGGCCUACUUUGGAGACCUUGAGGAAUGCGGGCAUCAAGGUUUGGAUGCUGACGGGGGACAAACUGGAGACAGCCACAUGUACAGCCAAGAAUGCACAUCUGGUAACCAGGAAUCAGGACAUCCAUAUUUUUAGAUUGGUGACUAAUCGGGGAGAAGCACAUUUGGAGCUGAAUGCGUUCCGCAGGAAACAUGACUGUGCCUUGGUUAUCUCUGGCGACUCCCUAGAGGUAUGUCUGAAAUAUUACGAGUAUGAGUUCAUGGAGUUGGCCUGCCAAUGUCCGGCAGUGGUCUGCUGCCGCUGUGCCCCCACCCAGAAAGCCCAGAUUGUGCGCCUGCUCCAAGAACGGACAGGAAAACUCACUUGUGCAGUAGGUGAUGGAGGCAAUGAUGUGAGCAUGAUUCAGGAAUCUGAUUGUGGUGUAGGGGUAGAAGGAAAGGAAGGAAAACAAGCAUCUCUUGCUGCAGAUUUCUCUGUCACUCAAUUUAAACAUCUGGGCCGGUUACUUAUGGUUCAUGGAAGGAACAGUUACAAACGCUCAGCCGCCCUCAGUCAAUUUGUUAUCCACAGAAGCCUCUGUAUCAGCACUAUGCAGGCUGUUUUCUCCUCGGUGUUUUACUUUGCUUCUGUGCCACUUUACCAAGGAUUUCUCAUCAUUGGGUAUUCCACUAUUUACACUAUGUUUCCUGUAUUCUCUCUGGUCCUGGACAAAGAUGUCAAGUCAGAAGUUGCUAUGCUUUAUCCAGAACUCUACAAGGACCUCCUUAAGGGACGGCCACUGUCCUACAAGACCUUCUUAAUAUGGGUUUUGAUAAGUGUCUAUCAGGGUAGCAUCAUUAUGUAUGGAGCAUUACUGCUUUUUGAGUCUGAAUUUGUCCACAUUGUUGCAAUCUCCUUCACGUCCUUGAUUCUUACCGAGCUGCUAAUGGUGGCGUUAACGAUUCAGACGUGGCAUUGGCUCAUGAUAGUGGCAGAACUGCUCAGCCUCUCCUGUUACAUCGCCUCCCUGGUCUUCUUACAUGAAUUCAUUGAUGUUUACUUCAUUGCUACUGUGUCAUUCUUGUGGAAGGUCACGGUCAUCACCUUGGUCAGCUGUCUUCCCCUUUAUGUCCUGAAAUACCUACGAAGACGAUUCUCUCCUCCUAGUUACUCAAAGCUCACGUCGUAGCCCAUUCAUCUGUUGGAGAGAACUCUUAUUUUGCACAUCACUGAUGGAAAAAAGAUGAUGUACUCCUAUUAACGACUACUUAUGAUAGUUGUGUUUGGAUCAUGCAGUAAUUGUUUGUAUGUGCUGCUUCAGUGAGAAGAAACUUUACAAAUUCAAUUAACUGAACCCUUUUGCAGAGUAACUGGGGUGGGAUGGGUACAUACAAGUAUCUCAUUGGGUCAGUUUUUCCCUGUUCAAUUAUCAUUGAAUUGAGUGGGUGUGAAUAUAUAGAAAAUUGGUGGCUUGGCCAAGAUAUUCGUGAAGGGCACCAUGAAAGUGGCUUAAUGACUAUGACUUGGGUCGUCAUGUGGCAAUAGUUAUUAAUGAGAUGAAAAUUAUAAGGAGCUGUUUUGUUUUGGUAUCGAACUGUCCUAAUGUUGCUUAAUUUUUAUUUAAAAUUGUCUUUCUAGUGAGACAGUGGCAUUUGGUACAUUUGGGAGGAAGCUAUGAGCAUCAUAUAAAAUUAUUUUAAAAGAAAUCUGCUUGCAAUCUUAUGGUGUCACUUUUCCUUUCCACUGUUCAUUAGAAUAACCCAGGACUGAAAUUUUGAGGCCAGAACCCCAGAUACAGUUAUACUCUACGAUGGUCCAGUACUCAUGGCACUCCUUUCAACCUCACCAGCCACCUGAAUUGGUCACUUUUUAAAGGUGUCAUCAUUCUCUGUGGUGGAUCAAAUAAUUGAAUGGUACAUAGCUCUCCAAGAAUUUCCCCUAAACUUCAGCAGACUUCUCUAGUGGGAAAUCUGCUGCUGGGCUGCUUCUAAAUGUGUCGACAGUGUGAUAAGAGACUCAACUAAUUCUUUAGAUAAUAUGGCAGAUGUGGCUCAAAUCCUCUGAGACUGAAAAGGAAAGGUCAAAGAACUGCCACUCUUCGCUUACAUUAAAAAAAAAAAAUCUGUUUCCUGUUAAGUGAAAUUUUUGAAGAUGAACAGAAAAUAAACCAAGGCUUCUUACUCUUACCAUUCAUCAAUGACUUUUUAAAACAAGAAAAUUUUAGUGGAGAGAAGGCGAUAGCCCCAGCUUUGGGAAAGGGAAUGUGCUUUAAUGAAACCAAUUUGAAGGUAAACUUGAUGAAAAGCAGUCAGUGGUAAAGAAUUCUCUCCCACUGGGGGUUAGAGCUUUGGGGGGGUGUUUCUUAUAUAGCAAUAUUUCAUGUGAACCAUAACUUAUUGUUUUAAAGAUUAAUGUAAGAAAUUUGGAAUAAUUCUUGGGUUUUAAAAUCAUUGCUUUAAAUACAGUUACUUUGUAUAGUAGGGAAGAAAUGAGUCUUCAUUAGUAACAUAUACUUAACAUCUUGACUUCAUAUUCUAGCACUUCAUGAACUGAUGAUACCUUUGCGAGUGAAACCUCUUGUGGUAAAGUGAAAUGCUGAUACUAGAUAUACCAAAAGUGUGAGUUUGAAGAAGCAAAGCUAUCACUGCCUAGUUCCCAGUCCCAUCACUAUCCAGGAUGAUUCCACCCAACUAGGGUGGUACUUGGAAUAGGUGGCUUCCCUGUUUUGCUUAGAGCUGUGAUGUUAAACUCAAAUAGAAAUGUUGACCACUACACUAUCUGUAAGGAUUUCUGUAGGCUAUGUUUUGACUUAGAAAAUGACAAAUAUUAUCUAUUUUAUUUAUUUUGUUGAUUAUUUGUAUAUUUCCCAGUUACAUUUUAAUCUGAUUCAGCCAUACUUGGAAGUAUUGUAGGACAUGUGUACGUACAAUGGAGUACCAAUUCCAUGUUUGACAUCUUUGGGUUAGAGUAAUAUUUGUCCAGUAGUUUGUAGUUCCAUCAUUGCUCUUACAGCACCUAAGUUCUAAAUCCAUCUUAAAGAAUGAAAAUAAAUUGAUGAUAGAAUAGACUGCCCAUUGAAGUUUUCCACUUCUUUUAAGUUUGUAUAGUUUGGAUCAUUUGACUUGAAAAACCAAGCUUAUUCUUUGGUCCUUCACAUCUUCUUAAUUCAUCCAUUUUCAGAGCAGGAUAAAGGAUAUAAUAAAGAAGAAAAAGAUUGAAUGGACACGUGAGACUAGUUGCAUUUAUAUAUAAGGUCCAGAGACCCAUUUGAUCUUAUUUUCUGAAAUUACAAAUAACCAACCUGAUUAUGUUUGAAGAGACUAGUACUAUAUGCAUUAAUUUCUCAUGUAAAAGUCUUGGCAAAUAUUGAAGGCUCAUUAGUCAAGUGGAUACAAGUCUUUGGUCUUUUUUUUUUUUUAAGUUUAGAAAAUACCUCAUUCACUUCAAAAAUUAUUUUGACUAUCCAGUAAUCUUUUUCUUCUCCAUAAAUCUCAGCUGGUUGUUUGAAGAUGUCACAUAAUGGAAUGUAGACAUGGUUGCCACAUAAAAGGUUUUCUUUGGGAUCUUUUUUAUAUUCCCCAUUUUUGUCAAGGGACAUAAUUCUUAAUUCAGGUGUGGAGGGAAAAACAUGGCUUAUAUCAGACACUGAAAUUGACACUUGACAAGAAAAUGGAAGAAAGAGUGUUUAAUAGAUUUAAGAAUCCUGACCUGAGGAACAAGGGGAUUUGGUGAAAUGCCAUCCAUGCCAGCUUUCAUGAUAUUAUUUAGCUUAGCUUUUAUGGAGACCAAAACUAAUGAAUAUCCCAAGUAUCUAUGUAGAAAGGAACCAAUUAUCUCUUACUCUGGUGAGAACACAUGGCAGCCUUCUGUAUUACAAUUUCAGACCCUAAGGACCAUUUAGUAAUUGCUGCCCAUUCUCAAAAAUCAAGGGACCACUUUACAUAUUGUGUACAAAUAGGGUGAGAGUCUGUUUUUGGACUCAAUUCAAUUUCUGCUGAGGAGUUCAUAUUGAAAAAAAAAUAAGUCUUACACUAUAAAGGAAAGAAUCAACAUUUGCAGACUUCACAUGAAGAUUCUGGCCAAUUUGCAAAGUGUGCCAUUUUGAUUGUUCUCUUGAGCUAUAUAAUAGAAAAACCCCAUGAGUCAAUAAACUUCCAAAGCAAGGUUCCAUUUCCUUUUUUCUGGUUCUGCUGACUUUUUCCUUCUUCUCUUCUCUUCUCUUCUCUUCUCUUCUCUUCUCUUCUCUUCUCUUCUCUUCUCUUCUCUUCUCUUCUCUUCUCUUCUCUUCUCUUCUCUCCUCCCCUCCACUCCCCUCCCCUCCUCUUUUCUCCUCUUCCUCUAUUUCCCUCCAUUAAAAUGACCAGCCUGGAAGGGACUUUAAGCUCUUCUUUAUUUCUAGGCACAGCUGCACUUAAAUCUUGGAGAGUGUCUUUGAUUUCCAAGGGACACUCUGGCCAAUUAGCACAGCAGACUAAGCUUAGUUAGCACUGGCUAAGCAAUCCUUUCCCUAGAAAUUAAAAUAAUAAUACCACAAUAGUCUACGCAGAUUGUUUUUGUUUGUGGGGGUGUUUGGGGUUUUUUGUUUUGUUUUAGAAAUAGACCAAACCAAAUCAGGGGCAUAAACUAUUAUUUCUUUAGUACUUUUUUACUCUUGGCAUUUUGGAUGCAUGUGUUCACCUGCGCGUGUGCGUGUGUGUGUGUGUGUGUGUGUGUGUGUGUAAAUGCGUGCAUCUUCACUUCCUUACACUUUGGAGUAGAAUGGGAGUGUUUAACAUUAGACUGUCUAGCAGCUUAAUGCCCAAUUCUAGCCUCUCCUAUCAGGAAUCUUUGUUGCAAAACACCUGGGGAGCAUGGGAUGCUCUCUAUUUUCUAAGCAAAGAAAGCAUCACUGUUUUACAACAACAGAGGGGAAGUUGGAAGAGUACUAUCUUUUUUUCUCCCUCCAUUUCAGACUUUGUUUAUGUAUGUACUCUCCUUUUUAUGAUAGUAGCAUUGAAUACUAAUAUAUGUUUACUAAACACUUCCAUGCUACUCUUCCCUAUUGGAAAGUUAGGUAACAGAAACUACUUUUUAAUGAAUUUUGAAUUUUGCAUUCAAUGGAAAGUGGAAAUUCUAAUGCCUGUUUCUUCAGACAGGAUUUUGUUUUUAUACAUAUAUUAUUAUUUUUUAACCUUUAUAAAUUGGGACACAUGAUUACCUAGGCUCACAUUUUUUUGGUGAGAAGUAGUUCCAUGCCUUUACCUCCAAAUAUUUAUAUCUCAGUUCUUAAUUUUAACUUGAAAACAAAAGCCUUUGAGCUUUUUCUAAGGUCUUCUCCUAAUACAAUUUCCUUCAUUUUCUGUGUCUAUAGAUGUCUGCUUUCUUUUUUGGAGGGAGGGAGAAAGGAAAGGAUUAUUAUAUCUGAUUUCAUUGCUAAGUGUUUCAUUUCUAGAGUAACAAAAUUUUAUUCCCCUUAUAAUUCCAUGCUGCUAUUUAAAAAGAUACAAGCAAUUUUUUUAAUGAAUAUAGAAGAUUUUAUUUCCACUUCCUCUUGCAUUUCUUUAACCUUACCUUUCUUAACAAAGCCUUCUUGGGAAAUGGUUUCUCUAAUUUUAUCCUUCCCCCCCUUUUUUUUGUGAGGAGGAUUGACUGUUUUGAGAGGAAAUAAUCGCAGUGUGACAUAGCACUGGACUUGUAGUUGGGACCUAGAUUCAGAAGCCGGCUACAUUACAAGCUGUAUGAUCUUGGCCAAGUCACUCCCCCUCUAUCAGCUUCAGUUUCCUUCUUUGUAAACUUAAGAAAUCUAUCUGAUGAUCUAAGGCCCCUUUGAACUAUAAAUCCUGUGAGUCUGUGAAAAUGAACAUGACAAAUUGUACGAUGAUACCACUGCUAUGAACAUUACCUUUUUAUACCAAAGUGACAUUGCUUGUGCACCCGUGUCCUCGAUGACAUUAGCUGGUGUGACGAACAAUCCUGAAUAUUGUCACACAGCAUAUUCAGUAUUGUCAGGCUUCCUUAUGAGGUUUGGAUGGUGGCAGCAAGAGCAAGAGUUGCCAAAAUAGUGUCUAGUUUGUCAGUUUGUAGUAGAGGACCCGGGAUUUGAUUUAAAACUCAUCCAGAAUUCUAAGAUUUCCAUAUUGAUGUCUCCCUUCAUAUAUUAUAUAUAUUAUACAUAUAUAUAUAAAUGUAUAUAAAAGCCUCAUUGCAAAGUAUUUGUGAGCACAUGGAUUUUUGAUUAGAGGGGAAUUCUGGUACAAUAUGGUUCAAUUUAACAAGAAAUCCCGGAUGAUUUAAAUUCUAAAACGUAUGAUGACACACUUGUGAUCUUAAGCAUUUCAAAUACAGUUCUUCUUUCAUUGUUUGCCAAUCUGGUUCAUUCCUGUUGCCUAAUAAAAGUUGUGUAUGCUAUGCCUUUAAAGAUCAUUUUAAUUUGUUCAAAAACAUGAUUCCUGAUGUGGAGAUGAUAACUAUUUAUUGUGAUGCUGAUGUUUUGUACCCAUCACCUAAUACAUGUGAUGUAAAUAACUUAUUCAAGUUCUAAAAGGUCUUGACUUCAAUGAAAAAUGAAUGCAAGCUAUUUAUUGUUCUUGUAUGGUCCAGAUGGGAUUGAUGUAAAUGAAAAAAAAAAAAAAAGGUGAAAAAAUAAAUUUUAUGCAACUUCAUGUUUUCUUUAUAUA